AUAUGUAUGAUGGUUAAAAUCUAUGGUACUGGUAAUAAGUCAGACUGGAAGCGUACAUAAAAUCACCGACUCUCUUCCUAAAAAUCGAAAUCAUUUUUAGUUCUCAUCAUCCCAGUGGCAGGAGUGAAGCAAUGUCUCUGCACCCCCUCUGCAUCUCUCAAAAACGUGCGCAGACUUACAAAUAAAACGUUUAAAAAACACCCCUACACUGUAUAUCAACAUGAUGAUGAUGAUGAUGAUGGUGAUGAUGAUAUAGUGCACAUACAGUACAGUACCUUGUCUAGCAAUCGUGUGUGGCGCCAUGUUUAGUUUUCAGAUCUGUUUCAUAAGUUUCUUCUCUGGUGACUAAUGCAGAGGCGUGUUCAAUAAAAUUAUGCGCCGAAUUUCCUUGGACCUGAGUGAGUCUGGACUACAGGGCAGCCAGCUCAGCUGAGAGUGUACGGGCAUUGAUAGAAAAGGAGGAAUUUCUUCAGCAUUCCCCGACCCCAAUACUUCAAACUUGUUUAAUUGCAAAUAUUGUAAAGAUCGGAGAGGAAGAAAGUAACGGGGGGGAAACUGUUUAGCCAAUAAAUGUAAUUCGGCUUUUGUCGUAAAACAGGAUAAUUAGGUGUGCUUUGCGCCUCGGGUAAGGUACUUGAUAUUUUAUUUCAAGCCUUGCAUCGCUUGAAGAAGAAGAUACAGCAUCGUUUUCCUUUUGGAGUUUUCCGUUUGUUUAGUUUAGUUGUUUUUUUUAUUUAUUUAUUUCAACGGCCAUGAGAGACUAUGACGAAAUCACUUCUUUCCUGGGGGAAUGGGGUCCCUUCCAGAAGAGCGUGUUCAUCCUGCUCAGCCUCAGCACGGUCCCAAACGGUUACGCCGGGCUGGCCAUGGUGUUCAUCUCGGACACCCCGCCGCACCACUGCACGGUGGCCCCCAGCAAUGGCACCCCCGUGGUCGUGGACCUGAACCGGUCCCUGCCGGUGGAAUCGGUGAACGGAGAGCUGCGCUACAGCAGGUGCUCUCGCUACAAAGUGCCCGGCGGCCCCGGAGCGGGUAUAGGAAACAACACUGAAGGCUGUAUUGACGGCUGGGAGUUCAGCACAGAAAGAUACACCUCCACUAUAGUGACAGAGGUGAGACUGGCGAUUUAUUUUUUACUGCGCCUUCUGGAUCGCUUGCGGGAUUUACCGCUGCCCUGCUUGGUUAGAGGUCAAGAGAUUUCGGCUAAACCAUGGUGGAAUCUAGUGUGUGAAGAGGGCUGGAAGGUGCCAUUCAGUCUCUCCGUCUUCUUCAUGGGGGUGUUGAUGGGCUCCUUCAUGUCCGGCCAAAUCUCAGACAGGUAUGGCAGGAAAGUCAUUCUCUUCAUCACCAUGGCGUUGCAGACUGUGUUCAGUCUGAUACAAAUCGCCUCCACCAGCUGGGAGAUGUUCUGCAUUCUCUUCUUCAUUGUUGGAAUCGGACAGAUUUCUAAUUACGUUGCGGCUUUUGUCUUAGGUACGGAGCUCCUGGGCAAGUCGGCACGCAUCGCCUUCUCCACUGUCGGGGUGUGUGUGUUCUAUGGGCUGGGGUACGCCAUUCUGCCCCUGUGUGCGUACUUCAUCAGGAGCUGGAAGGCCCUCCUCUUCGCCCUCGCCCUGCCUGGAUUUCUCUACAUACCGCUCUGGUGGCUCAUUCCGGAAUCUCCAAGAUGGCUGCUGGCUCAGGGCCGGAUUAAGGAAGCAGAAGCCAUCAUCCGAUCCGCUGCCAAGAAAAACAGCGUCACGCCUCCGGAGGUUAUAUUUAAGGCGGAGGACUCCAUCAGACUCAUGCGACAGAAUGACACAGAGGUGAACCAGCACUCAUAUACGUACUUUGAUCUCGUUAAAACAACUGACAUGAGGAAUAUAACCAUUCUCAAUAUCCUGAUCUGGUUUGUCAUAACAAUCAGCUACUUUGGGCUGUCGUUGAACACCCCCAAUAUGAAUGGGGAUCCCUACAUCAACUGCUUUGCCUCCGCAGCCAUGGAGAUUGUGGCCUACGUCGCAGCCUGGCUGUUGCUAAGGGUCGCCCCACGACGCACGAUCAUUUCAAGUACUCUUCUGUCCGGUGGCACCUUACUCCUGCUCAUCCAGCUGGUUCCCUCCAAUCUCGGCAUUCUCGCCAGUGUCCUGGCAAUGGUUGGGAAAUUUGGGAUCACGGCGGCGUUUUCGGUGAUCUAUGUGUCGGCGGUGGAGCUCUUUCCCACGGUAGUGCGGAGCAUGGGAGUGGGAAUCUGUUCCAUGGCAUCCAAGAUCGGCAGCAUGAUCUCUCCCUUUUUCGCCUACAUGGGAGCAUAUAACCAAGUCCUGCCAUAUAUAUUGAUGGGAAUCCUUACAGUCUCCGCGGGCCUUCUGAGUCUUCUGCUGCCCGAAACAAGAGGCACCGAUCUCCCAGAGGACCUCACUCAAGUGCAGAAGAUUGUCUGCUGCUGCAGCAGAAGAGACCCAACUUCUGGCCUCGUUUUAAAAGAUUCAUAUAAAAUAAACCACAAAAGAGCUUCAGCUCAGAUGAAUUCUUUACAGUCAACUAGCUGUUAAACUAUUUAAACCAUUCAAAUACUAGUUGUCUAAGAAUCACAUCCUUUCUUACCUGAAUAACUCCAUUUACUUGAAAUCCAUUGAUAUUCUUUUCUUCUUGCAAUUAGCCUGAUCUACUAUAGCUAAAGAUCGGUGAUGGACACAUUUGUGUUUUAAUUCAUUACAUGAUGGUAAAUUCUUGGUAUGGGGUUUCUAACGGUCUGGAGCAAAGGAUGCAUCUUUUAGCCUGAAGGCAGGCAGUAAGAAUUCAGGCCACAACACUAGCAGAUUGUGAUCUGAGGCUCCCAGGAGGCAGCACACAAGCUGGCUGAACAGGGGGAAUUUGUCCCCAUCACUACAUUUAAAACCCCAGCACAGGCUGCGUGCUUCUAGGUUAAUGUUGAAGUCAAGUGAGGCCUACGUUCUCCAGAUAUAAAAAGUCCCUCUGCGUAUAUUUCUGGAUUUUAACAUGAAAAACUAAGUAGUGUUUUGGUGUGUAUUGUGUAAAUGCCAUCUGAUUUUCCUGUGGAGCUUAGACACACAUGUUCCCUGGUUCCCACAUGUUCAGUGUUGGCAUGAUUUUUUGUGAAGGCUGUCGAUAUUCACAUCAGUCAAAAAGUGAGUAAAUAAUGCUGAUAACUUAUUUCAUUACAUCAACAGCAUUUGUACAAUAAGUCAUAUGCGACUUGACUUUUUUGCAUUUAAACUGGCAUUUUAUAGUUUGUGCUUUCAAAAAACGUGUGACUAAUAGCUGAACCGUGUUGCAUUAUAAAUAUAGAUCUCUUACUCAGGCUCUGUCAAAAUUUCAAAAUGUUUCAGUGUAAGAAUUUGGGAAAAAAUAACAUUUCUCGAAUGAGGACCAGAUCACAGUGAGAAAGUAUACAAUAUUAAAGAACUGGAGAGCAGGAGGAUGAGAAUCUAUUUUUAUUGAAUGUACAGUAUUUCAGCUAUAAAUGUUUGGCUGACACAAGCCUUUUCCUGUCUCAUUUGUGAUAGCCUGAUGUCUGUUUAAUGGGUUCCUGCCAACAUAUAUAUACUGUACAGUAAAACCUGUAUGUGUUCAGAGCUCCUUAGCGUUGUGGCUAGUGUGCCAUCACACUUUCCCCUUCACAAAACCUCCGCAUCUGUUCCUGAUUUAUCAUUUCUUCCUUACUUUGUUUUUUACUUUGUACUUUACGGUUUUUACUUUUUAACUUUACUUUGUGGGCUUUUUACAUAUUAUAACGCACUUUUAGAUGAUUUCUUAGGACUUAUCUUGAAUAAAGUUUACUUCAGAGUUGUAUUUCACCACAAAUUUAACUCUUUGAAGUGACAAUUAUCUCUAAAUAUUUUAAUAAUAAUG